AACACGCCAUGGAAAACUACACCAUGGACUUGGCCGACUUGGCACUGACAACAGAAUUCGACUACAGCGAUUCAGCGCCAUGCAUGGGAACUGAGGAAAAGCACUUUGCAGCAAAACUUUUGCCACCACUUUAUUCUUUGGUGGUGAUAUUUGGCCUCACAGGCAACAUGCUCGUUGUCCUUAUCCUGGUAAAAUACAAGAGAUUGAAGAGUAUGACUGACAUCUACCUGCUCAAUUUGGCAAUUUCUGAUUUGCUGUUUGUAUUUUCUCUCCCUUUUUGGGCUUAUUACGCUGUUCACGACUGGAUUUUUGGGGAGGCACUGUGUAGAAUUCUCUCAGGUGUCUACCUCCUUGGCUUCUACAGUGGGAUCUUUUUCAUAAUCCUGUUGACCCUAGACAGGUAUCUGGCCAUAGUGCAUGCAGUGUUUGCUUUAAAAGCUAGGACAGUUACCUACGGCAUCCUCACCAGCGCUUUCACUUGGGCUGUUGCUAUUUUGGCUUCUGUUCCU